AUGGAUAGCGUCUCCGUCGCUGCUCGCGCGGAAGCGCUGCUGCAGCACGCCACUCUCUCGGAGCUCGGUGCCUCCACGUUGCACCUUCACAGCGCCCACGAGAAGGCGACGCGGCUGGGCGUGACCAUGUCCUCUGAGCACGGCGUGGGCACGACGGUCUGUGCAGUCGAGCGGGGCAGCCGGGCUGAGCGGGCAGGGCUCAUCGUGGGCGACCGGAUCACCCGCGUGAGCGGCGUGCGAGACCGCAUCAACGAACUCGCGGCGCGCCGUGAGCCGCUCGAUCUGGAGGUGAUUCGUGCUCGCCGGGUGCGGCAGGUGCCAUUCUCAAGCCACAUUGAGCGGCGCGUGGAGGACGCACAUUACGCGCCGUGCACACGAGAGGCGGGAUGA